AGUACUGACGUCUCGACGAUGGCUCCGACCGGCAUAGGCCGUGCAGACGACCGCGAACAGGAACAGUGCGGAUCGCCAUGGUUGUACAACUGCAGAGCAGUGUGCAAACGGUAUUGAAAUCGUCGUCCGACUGACUAUAGUAAUAUGAAGCCGACUGCCGAGGACAUUGCGAGUAUAUGCCUACAAGACGAUCACAAUAAUUAGCAGUAGAUAGUCACAGUGAUCACAUGAUGGGCCAAGGCGUCAUGUCAGACGACGAUGAAGAUGACGAUCGCAAGCCGAUGCUCCAACAUCUGUUGUACUACCACGACCAUAUGCACCCCAUGAAGGUGAACCACCACCACGUCAUGCAGGACGAUCAUCAUCAAGACUGCAGUAUACCAUUGCCGCCCACUAAGCCGAAAAUAUCGUCACUAGCCGACAUAGCCACGUCCAGAACACCGCCGCCCGGACACCAGUGGCCGAACGUCAUCAGCCCGGUUUCACCAUACCCAACACCUCGUCGUUGUCGCCGUCUAGGUCAUCUUACUCUAGGUAAGGCGCCAACGGGUUGUACGGCAGUAGUUACUAUGGCACCAACAGUAAUAUUCGUCGUCGUCGUCAGCCCAGCAAAUGGCCGGAUAUCCCGACGUGCAGACCGACACGCCACCGCAGAUCCCACCCAACAUGAAGUUACCGCUGUCCGCCUCUUUGGUCAACAGCAACCACAGCAUUUGGGCGGUCGUCAGGGCACUUACAACGGGUACCAUCACCAGCAGCACAACAAUUAGCACCACCGGCACCAGGUUCCGCCAUUCCAGCAACAACAGCAGCACGAUGUCGUCAGGUCGGUCCAAGAAGUACAGCAGAAGCAGCAACGGCAAGUGAUUCAACAAUCUCAACAUCACUCAGCCAGCACACAACAACAAUAACAACUCAAACACUAACAACAACAACUAUCAGAUGGCGAUUGUGGCCAACGACGCGAGUACGGCGUUCAAAGACGUGAGUGUCCUGUACA